CCCCGCCCCCCCCUCCCCCGGGGCUACCGCGGGCUCUGUCCCGGGGUCCCGGGGGCACUUUGGGGUCUCUGCUGCCCGCCGCCCGCCUCAGCCUCCCCUCCUCGCCCGUGGCCGCCUCGGCGCUGCCGCCGCUGCUGCCGCCGCCCCGGCUGGGCCACGCCAAGGGGGGGGCGCCCCUGGGGGCCACCGGCGGCUACGGGGUGGCUCCCAGGGCCGGGGGGGUCGCCGGCACCGUGAUGGACAAUAAGGUGGCCACCAGAGGGGUCGGUGGCACCGGUGUCGCCGUGGGGGCUACCAGUGUCACCGUGGGGGCCACCAGUGCCGCCCGUGUCACCGUGGGGGCCACCAGCGUCACCGUGGGGGCCACCAGUGCCACCCCGAAGGCCACCGGUGUCGCCGCGGCCACCGCCCUGGACAGCAAGGCCACCACCCCCGGGGACAAUAAGGUCGCUCUUGGUGGCUCCGUUCAGGCCACGCCCACGGACAGCGGGGUCACCUCCAAGGCCACCAGUGUCACUGUUGUGGAUGGCAGGGCCACCAACGUCACCCCCACGGAUGCCAGGACCACCAGUGUCACCCCCACGGAUGCCAGGACCACCAGUGUCACUGUCGUGGAUGGCAGGGCCACCAACGUCACCCCCACGGAUGGCAGGGCCACCAGUGUCACCUCUGGGGCCACCAGUGUCACCUCUGGGGCCACCAGUGUCACCUCUGGUGCCACCGGUGUCACCGUGGGAGCUGCCGCUGCCGCCGUUGUCACCAGUGUCACCCCCAAGGCCACUGGAGCCGCCACCAGUGUCACCAGUGCCACCAGUGUCACCCCCAAGGCCACUGGAGCCGCCACCGUCAGCCCCAGUGUCACCAGUGCCACCAGUGUCACUGUGGGAGCCGCCAGUGUCCUCACGGGGGCCACCAGUGUCACCACGGGGGCCACCAGUGUCACCCCCAAGGACACCAGUGUCCUGUCAGGAGCCACCAGUGUCACCCCCAAGGCCACCAGUGUCCUGUCAGGAGCCACCAGUGUCACCCCAGAGGCCACCACUGUCCCGCCGGGAGCCACCAGUGUCACCGUGGGAGCCACCAGUGUCCCCCCCAAGGCCACCCCGACCGUCAUCGUGGGUGCCACCCCCGUCCUGGUGCCCCGGGGUGUCCCCGUGGGGGUCCCCGCGGGCGUGAGCCCCCUGGGCGCCGCCAUCCUGCGCGCCAGCGCCGACGCCACCGCCAAGGCCACCGCCAUGGCCACCAUGGCCACACCGCGGGCCAGCGCCGCCACGGCCACCGCCACGGCCACCGCGGGGGCCCUCGGGGCCACCAGUAACACCAGUAACACCAGUAACGUCAGCGUCAUCGCCAGCAAGGCCACCGGCGCUCCCAGUAUGACCAGUGCUCUCUCCAAGGCCACCGCCGGUGUCACCAGUGCUCCCAGUGCGCCCCGGGCCACUGGCGUGACCAGCGUGACCAGUGUGGCCAGUAUGACCAGUGUGACCAGUGUGGCCAGUUCUGGGAGUGUCACUGGUGUCCCCAGUGCUCCCAGUGUCACCAGUACCACCAGUGCUCUGAGGGCCACCAGUGCGACCAGUUCUCCCAGUGUCACCAGUGCUGUGGUUCCCACCGUCACCAGUGCGACCAGUAUGACGAGCCCUGCGGUUCCCAGCGUCACCAGUAUGACCAGCCCUGCGGUUCCCAGCGUCACCAGUGCAACCAGCACGACGAGCCCCGCGGUUCCCAGUGCGACCAGUACGACCAGUGGGAGCAGCCCUACAGCUCCCAGUGUCACCAGUGCGACCAGUGUCACCAGUGCUGCCGUUCCCAGUGUCACCAGCACUCCCAGCGCUCCCAGUGUCACCAGCACUCCCAGUGCUCCCAGUGUCACCAGUGCUCCCAGUGUCACCAGUGCCGCCCCUCCCAGCACCGACAGCGCGGUUGCCGCGGACACGGGCGCUCCCAGUGCUCCCAGUGCUCCCAGUGAGGCCCCCAAGAGCUCGUCGUCCUCGUCCUCCUCCUCCUCCUCCUCCUCCUCUUCCUCCUCCUCCUCGUCCGACUCCGACUCCGACUCCAGUUCCAGCUCCUCCGAGUCCGGCCCGCCCUCGCCGGCCCCGCCCACCGGGUAAGGCCACGCCCCCCUGCCCCGCCCCCAUUGGUCGAUCCCCUGACCCUUAACCCCCUUCAGCCCCGCCCGCAGCAGGCGAGGCCACGCCCACCGAGCGAGGCCACGCCCACGCGGUGAGACCCAUCUGGCCCCGCCCACUGUGGAGGAAGCCCCGCCCAUGAGAUGUGGCCACGCCCCCUUUUGCGUGUCGGUCCUGAUUGGGUGAGACCCCCCCUUGGCCCCGCCCGCGCUGAAGGAGACGUGGCCACGCCCACAGGGUAGAACACGCCCCCUGUUGCACUUGGCCACGCCCACAUUGACUCAGGCCACACCCCAUCAUUCAACGAAGCCCCACCCACAGGGAAUGAGGCCACGCCCCCUUUCACACUUGGCCCCACCCACAUCAGCAUAACCCCCACCCCACUGUGUGAGGCCCCUCCCACCACGAGGCCCCGCCCCUUGCACUGAGAACACUUGGGAAGGCCCCGCCCCUCCUGGGCCCUGGCCACGCCCCC